AUCAAAAACUUAAAACGAACGGAAAUUUGUGUUAAAGUCAAUUAAAAUUCCAAGUAGAAGCGUAAAGUGUAAAAGUCCAAACAGGAAAUCACUCGCAUAAUGAAGAAUAUCGAAGAAAACGUCUAUAAAAUCCAUAUAAAAAUUUUAUACUUUUUGAUACUGCUGCUGUUUUUCAUUGUCCUCGUACAACCGUUUAUAAUCAUCUAUUUACUUCAAAAUUCGAAUAUUCGAACGGCCUCACCCGCUACUGAAGUAGGCAAUACGAAGUCUCGAACAAGUAAUGAUAAGGAUGCCAUCAUCAACGAAAACGCCAAGUUUGCUCACCAAGUUAGAAAAAGAGAAAUUUCGUCUGAAACCGAAAAAAACGACGAUACAAUAAAUAUAAAGGGAAAUUGGAAUGUAAAGAAAGCAGAUCUCUUAGAAUACUGUUUUACUGCCGUUGACUUUUGUCAAAAAAACAAAGAUAAAUCAAAAGCAGAAGAAGAACAGAAAGACAAUUUUGUAGGAGAAAACCAACAAGAAAUUGAGAACGAACAGAAAGAUAAUUUUGGAGGCGAAAUGCAACAAGAAAAUCGAAAUUGCAUUCUCCAAAAUUUUACAGAUGAUGACGCUUUUCAGUAUCGAAUCAUCAAUUUUCGUUUGGGAGUAAAAUAUGACUCAGAAUUUUGUAAUAUUGAAGAGGGUCCAAAAGACAAUUUCAAGAUUACUUCAAAAACAGUAUUUACGCCUUGUAUGAAAGAAUUUCAAGUUAAUGAAAAAGGAGAAAUAAAAAUACUGAAAGAGUUCGAAUAACCUAAAGAAAUACAUAUGUGGAAAGUUAUCGAAUACAAUGGAAAUAUUUAUGGUCCAGAUGAAAAUGAAUCGAAAAAAAGAAUUGCCAAGUAUAACAUUGAAACAGGAAAGUUGACUUUUGGGG